AUGGAUGCCAUUGGCACUCGACACACCCGUCCUUCGUUGUCUUCCACAACCCUGCCACGCUCGCGUCGGCAACACAAAAGUCCCCGAUUCUAUCAUGGCCUACUUCUGUUCUUCUUAAUACUCUGUCUGGCUCCCGUUUCCGCCCUGGACCAAUCUGCCGUGGAUAGACCAGGUCAGGAUGGAGAUGGCCCGCGCUCGGCUCCUGACCCAAGUGGAGGGAUCAUCGCAGAUCUUCACGAGCGAUCGGCUCCAUCACCCACGAUCUCUGAAGAACAGCAUGCCACAGAAUUCCAGGAUGGACAUGAGCUCCCAAUUCUGCACCGGCGCAUCGCCAAUGCCAGCAUGGACGACUCCCCGUCCAUGCCGACACCCUUUGACAGUCUGGCGUCGAACUUCGCCAACGCCAGCUGCACCAAGUUCUUCAACAAGUUCCUCAAUGACCCCACCAUCACCAACUGCCAUCCUCUCUCGCUGCUGCUGGAAAACUCCAACUCGUUCUUCCACUCCCUGAGCUCGGCCGCCUCCACCACCCGCGUCCUCGACACCGCCUGCUCCAAGACCGUCUCGGAAUGUGCCCCCGCCAUGUCUUCGAUCGCCUCCCAGCUGCUCCAGGACGACACCUGCGGGCCGGACUACCACUCCAAAAACGGGGUUGUCAAGGGCGCGUACCGCGCCCUGGUCGCCUACGAGCCUCUCUACCACGCCUCCUGCCUCACCAGCCCCACCACCAAGGCCUACUGCUUUGUUGACGCCGUGACCAACUCCACCGCCGAGGAUGACUAUAAUGUCUACUUUAUGCCGCUGGGCAGCUCGCUCGGCUCGUCGGCCAAACCUACCUGCAACAAGUGUCUGCAGGCUACCAUGGGUGUCUUUGCGCACUGGGCUGCGGUCGACAACCAGCCCCUCGAUAAUACUUAUAUGCCCUCUGCCAAGGCUGUCAACGAGCACUGUGGUGACGACUUUGUCUCCACGAACGUCACUGUCGGCUCUAAUACCAUCGCAUCCCGUGCAGCCUUGAGUGUUGCUUUCCCGGAUUUCCGAGUUGCUGUCUCUAUUAUAGGGCUUGUGCUCGGCGCUACAGCCACAGGGCUGUUUUAA